AUGAUUUAUUUGAAAGGAAAAACAAGUUUAUGUAAAGCUCUGUCAACUCACGCUUCAACAGCAGCCUUUGAUAAAAGUCCUCAAUCAAAAGAAAGAGGUAUUACUCAAGAUUUGGGUUUCUCUGCAUUUUACUCUGAUUCCCCAUUAUCUGAAUAUGAUAGGAUUCAAUAUACUCUUGUAGAUUGUCCUGGCCAUGCCAGUUUAAUUAGAACAAUUAUUGGUGGAGCUCAAAUUAUUGAUUUCAUGGUAUUGGUUAUUGAUGCUGUGAAAGGUGUACAAACUCAAACAGCUGAAUGCAUUGUUAUUGGAGAAAUUUCAUGUAAUAAUUUAAUUGUUGCCCUCAAUAAGGUCGAUAUGAUUCCAGCAGAUCAAAGAGAGGACCGUGUUGAUAAGAUUAAGAAAAGUCUCAUUAAGAAUGUCUUUUCCCAAACUAAAUUUAAAAACCCUCCAAUUGUUUCUGUUUGUGCUGAUCCAAGAGAAGAAAGUGAAAGUAUAACAAAGGAACAAGGACUUAAAAAUCUCAUUGCUGAAUUCCAAAAACAUGUAAAAAUUUCAGAAAAGGAUGAAAAUGAGCCAUUCCUAUAUAUGGUUGACCACUGUUUUACAAUCAAAGGAAAGGGAACUAUUAUUACAGGAACUGUUUUGCAAGGCAGUGUUAGUAUUGGUAAAACAAUUCAAAUUCCUUCUAUUGGGGAGGAAAAGAAGGUCAAAUCCAUCCAAAUGUUUAAAACACCUGUAGAUAAGGCAAUUAAAGGAGAUCGAAUUGGUAUUGCAGUUACAAAAUUGGAUAGCAAAAAGCUGGAGAGAGGUUUUGCAUGUGACAAAGGCUAUAUUGAAAUUGUUGACACAAUUCUAGCAAAUGCUUCUAGAAUCAGAUUUUUCAAGAAGGAAAUCAAAAACUCUGCAAAAUAUCACAUAUCUAUUGGGCAUGAAACUGUUAUGGGAAAUGUUUCCCUUAUCGCCAGAGCCAAGAAAGAAGGCCUUUCAAGUAACAUAUUCGAUACAACGGUAGAGUACUCUUUAUUGGAGGAAUUGACCGAAACAACUUAUCAAGAAAAAGAUGUUUUUGUUAAAAUUGAAUUUGAAAAACCAGUGUGUUGCUAUCCAAACUCUAAUUAUAUUGCUUCCAAACUGGAUACAGAUAUCAAUGCGAAUAUGUGUAGAUUGGCAUUCAAUGGUAAAGUUAUCAAGAUGUGGAACAAAUCCAAUGUUUCCAAAGAACAGCUUGUCAACUCUCUUCCUGUUUUUAAAUACAAGGAAAAGAAAGCUGUAGUUGAUAGAGUUGUUGAUGCCAACACAAUUAUUGGAAAAAAUCUUCUCACUUCCAAAACUCAAUCACUGCAAUUUUUCAUUGGAAAGAAGAUUGAUAUUCUCAUUGAUGACCAACCAAGAUUUUCAGGUAUAAUUGAUUCACCAUUUGGCCAGAGUGGCAAAUUCAAGGUUGUAUUCAAAGAUCCCCUUCCAAAACAACCAAAUUUAAGAAAUAAGGUUAUUUCUUUCAGAUACAAGAUUAAUAUUUAUGAUGAAUCCAAAACAUGGCACCAAUAA